GGCUUCGGAAUGACUGAACAUCGCUUCAUGUCCCUAACCUUCCAGCGGGCGAUCCACUUGAGGAUCGCGAUCAUUGUGGUGACAGGUAUAGCAGGUCUGACGGCCAUGGUGUUCUUCGCGAAAGGCCUGAAGACGCUUCCAGACUCCAUGUGUCCUCUCUACGCCAACCUCACCGUGCACAGUGGCAAAAGUCACAGCAAGGCCAUGUUAUAUCUCAACACCGAGAUCAGCGACUGGGGUCAGGUCUCCGUCUGCCAGUUUGUCAUCUAUCUCUACGUCUAUGUCUUCAUCAUCUCUCACAUCUGGCUAUGGAUCAUUCUAGGGUCGGACCUGAGAGAUAACUAUCAUGAAUCUACCGCAACUCUCAAGGAUGUUGCUAUGGCAAAGAAAACACGUGACUUGAAGUCGACCCAUCCAUCUGCACAUAGUAUGACACUCAUCUCCUCCCACUUCUACGACAGACGAGGUCCCUUGUUUGUCCUGCCUUUCCUGGCUAUUCACAUUAUACUUCUGGUUGCCUGCACCAUCAGCCUCAUUUUACUUACCAACGGUCUUUCAACCUUGUGCGAUAAUCUGAGGAGGAACUCACAUGAAAAUGUGACUUGCCUGGACCUGCAGUCCCUGGAGUUGACGAUGGCCAGAACUCUAACCAACAUACCUUUCUUUUACUCCUCAAUCGUCAAAGGGACGACAUUUGCGUGGGUCACCCUGCUGUGCCUGACAGCUCAGAUAAUUGUCACCUUGGCACAAGUUCAGGUCUCUCUCAACUACGACUCCCCGGCCAUCUCCAUGUCCCCUGCUUUGUCCAAGCCUGGACUGUCCCCAGCGAGGACACCGCCUCCUUCACCAGCCAGGAGUCUGUCGUCCAUCUCUAUGUCUUUUGUUUCACCGUCGAAGAUGUCAUCGGCCUCGUUAUCGCCUUCGACGGAGGCUGAUCUUCAUCUCUUAGAAACGGACAAAGAGGAGACAGAGUCCAGCAACAUCAUCAACUAG